AUGAUCAAUCUCUACCUUGUGGCCGCCGAUGUGGAUGUAGCCUUUCCAUUCACUGUUCCUGGAUCCUGCAAUCUCAGGGUCCCUAUAGUGAGUCUAGUGGUGAUAGUGCUUUUAACAGGUGGCACUCUACCACGUGGGGGCUUUGCCUUCGAGUGGGGCUCAUGGGGUGUGGACCGGAGUGCUAGUGGUGCAAGUGGGUGGCUAGCUUCCAAUGGUGACAACAAAACCGACAAGGGUAAAGUUAGCCCUCAUAAGGCCGCCUUAGACUGGAAUUGGCUAGGCUUGGGAAUAGUUGUUAAGGAUACAACCCACAAAAUCACUUUCGAGUGGCCCACUGACUAUGGGACUCCUGGAGCUAUACUAGUCACAAACAAGCAUAUGCGAGAAUUUUUUCUCAAACAUAUCUAUCUUCCUAUGAAAACACAAGUAGGGCUGGUGGGUUGGAGGGGUGAAGAGCUGGUAAAAAUGAGGGGAAAUGGUACUGGAAAGGGGGAGCCUUGGGAUUGUAUUUAUGAUUAUGAUGUUUACAAUGAUCUGGGUGACCUUCAGAAUGGGAAGAAUCUUGAGAGGACAAUUCUUGGAAAAUCCCUCGACUUCCCAUAUCCACGGAGAUGUAGAACUGGCCGUAAUCGCACAAGAAUAAAUCAAGCUUAUGAGAGUCGAAAGCCGGAAUGCAAAUUGGCAGCACUUAUAUCGUCAGGCUUCUAUAUCCCGUCAGACGAGAAGUUCCCUCAAGCCAGUCUUUCUGACUUUCGAGCCCAUUUCUUCAAAGCUUUCUCUAAGAAAUUCAUUUCUGAUCUUGUCACAAAUCUAAAUGUACUUAAGAAACACUUCUGCAAUUUGAAGGAGGUUAAAAGUCUCUACAGUAAGGGACUUUUCUUGCCAGCUGAAAUUACAAUUAGUUUGGCCAAAGCGGUCGUUCCCUUUCAGAUGAUAAAAGGGAUUUUGGAUACAAACGACCAGGCUGUGCUAAAAUUUCCAGAACCCAAUAUAAUAAGCAGAGAUGAUAAUGCGUGGAGGACAGACGAAGAAUUUGCUCGUCAAACACUUGCAGGGAUUAAUCCUAUGGUUAUUAAACGUUUGGAGCGCUUCCCGCCAUAUGGUAAUUUGAACCCACAAAUCUACGGUCCACAGAAGAGUUCAAUCUCAGAGGAACACUUGCUUCCUUACUUGGAUAAAAUGUCAGUGGAAAAGGCCAUUCAAGAUAAAAGACUGUUUAUAUUGGACUACUAUGAUGCGUACAUGCCCUACGUGGAACGCAUUAACAGCCUUGAGACAAGCAAAGUCCAUGCCAGCCGCACCGUCUUCUUUCUUGGGGGUGAUGGAACCCUAAGGCCUAUUGCCAUCGAGCUGUGUUUGCCUCCCACAUCUGUGGAACAGGGUGACAACCGCGUCUUUACUCCCAACUAUGCUGAAGAAGAUAAAGGAUGGUUGUGGGAGUUGGCCAAAGCUCAUGUGCGAUCCAACGAUUCUGGUUAUCACCAGUUAGUCAAUCAUUGGCUCAGAACACAUGUCGUGGUAGAGCCGUUUAUUAUUUCUACUCACAGAAAUCUGAGCAAACUGCACCCCCUUCACAAGUUACUUGCCCCUCACUUUCACAACACCAUGGACAUCAAUCUUGCAGCUCGUGAAAGCUUGAUAAAUGCGGAAGGCAUUAUCGAGAAAUGUUUCAGUCCGGGCAAAUUUGCAAUGGAAAUCUCUUCCAAAGCAUACAUCGAUUGGAAAUUCAAUGAGCAAGGUCUACCGGGUAUGGCUAUAGAAAAUAGAGCAGGUGGGCUAGAACUUGUGGUUAAAGAUUAUCCAUAUGCUGUUGACGGGCUUGAAAUAUGGGAUGCCUUAAAAUCUUGGGUGUCGGAAUACUUAUCAGUUUAUUACAGCAAUGAUGAGAGUGUAGAGAGUGAUGAAGAAGUGAGAGCAUGGUGGGAAGAGAUCAGAGAGGUUGGGCAUGGAGACAAGAAGCGUGAAGAGACAGGAUGGUACAAAAUGAAGAGCCUGAAAGAUCUCAAGGAAGCAAUCACCACCCUCAUCUGGGUUACCUCUGCUCACCACGCUGCAGUGAACUUCAGCCAGUAUGACUACGCUGGAUUCAUGCCCUAUCUCCCCAGUACUACCCGGAAGCUCGUUCCACUCAAAGGAUCUGAUCAGUAUUCCAAACUCCUCAAGGACCCAGAAACAUUUUUUCUCUAG